AUGACGACCCAGACUUGCGACUCCUGCUCAGAAACCAAGUGCAUUGAUGAUGGCAGCUCAAGUUCAGGCCCGCCCCCAUCAAGCGGACCGAAUGUCGGUGCCAUCGCGGGUGGUGUCAUUGGCGGCGUGGCUGCCAUCGUUCUCCUGCUCUUCUUGAUCUGGUGGUUCGUCAUCCGCAAGCGACGAAACCAGGAAGGCGACGAAAAGAACAACGAAUUUGCGGCUCAGCGCGCCGAACGCAAGUCCACUGGUGGUAACUCCAUCGCAUCCACCGUUCUCACUCGUGCCUCGAAUGUCAUUCAAAUCGCCUACAUCCCUGGUGUCACCAACCGAUCCCCACCCGAGACCCCAGCUUCACUUGUUCCCCCAGUUCCCCCGCUUCCCGGCGCUGCUCCCGACCAGCACUUCUUCAUGCCCGGCGACCUGCGAGACUCCUCCUGGACCACCACGACCGGCCACCAGAGCAUGUCCCCCACCCUCCGGAGCAGUGUUGCAACCACCAUCUACCGCAACGAUGCUAUCGUCAGCGCCAUCCCGGCACAGCAGAUCUCACGCUCUCGCGCCAACAUCGUCAGUGUGCACAACACCUCCCCUGAUGCCGACAAUGCACCCGCUCAGCCUGUUCCUGUAAUGAUCACCCCGAAAGAUGCGCCCGCCGUCCCCGCUAUCACGCAAUCACAGCUUGCCAAGGCGGAGGCUAUGAAGGGUAACAGUUCGAUCGUGGCUCGCCAGGUUGUCGCCAAACCAGUGAUGGUCCGUGGUGCGUCGGUCAAGAAGAAGGACGGUAAAAACUCAACAGAUGCCAGCUCCAAGGAUGAGCAAUCACAGAAGCCCAAUACGGCUGGUUCGGGCACCAGCAGCCAACAAUUCGACCAUCAAACCUCCACGUUCGACGGGAACUCGUCGGAUGAAGAAGAGGAAGAUGAUACGCGGCCUUCGUCUGCCUCCCAUUCCAAUGGAGCGAAUGUCACUUCUCCCCGUGAGGAUUCAUCCAAGGGUGCAGGUCCAUUCCACGACCACGCCAGCACCGAGGCCCACAGCUCCAGCCUCAACGACCGGACAACCACGCCGCCCCCACGCGUGCAAAGUCCUUUUUCGGAUGCGAAUGAGGUUAAAUGA